GUGAUUAAUAAUAUAAUUUAACAACUUUUUAAAAUCACAAUGGACAGAAUCCUAGUUUGAUUUCUCUGUUCAUACAAAUCAGAUAACAGUUGAAUGGAUUUCCAAUCAAAACCAUUAUAAACCCUAGAAAUUACUUGAUGAAUCAAUUCUUAAUAACUCAACACCAUUAAUUCUUUUAAAGAAAAGUCAAAUUUGGAUGGUCAAUCUUCCAGUUGUUUAAAGCUUAACACAAAUCUCCAGGAGGCUCAGCAGGUUUUGAUACACUAUCAACUACUGACCGAAAAGAGAAUAAAAAUGGUUGAUCUCAACACUGUUUCCCUGUUUUUCCUCUUUCUAACUUUAACCUUCCUCUCUCUUGCAUACUUCAUCUUCCGGUGCUACUCCGGCCCUCCCAAUAAAAACUCGUGCCCUCAAUCAUAUCCUCUAGUCGGAAACCUUGUAGGUUUCCUCCUUAAUCAUCAUCGCUUCCAUGACUGGGUUGCUGACAUGCUUUCCACGACCCCAUCUCUCACAAUCCAAGUUAAUGGUUUUCUAGGCCUCUCCCAUGGAAUUUGCACAGCAAACCCUGCUAAUCUCGACCACCUCCUCCGCUCCAACUUCUCGAACUAUGUGAAAGGCACCAGGUUCCAGUCCAUCCUUCACGACCUCCUUGGAUACGGAAUCUUCAAUGUGGAUGGCGAUCUUUGGUUUACCCAGCGCAAGAUUGCUAGCCACGAAUUCAACACAAGAUCACUCAAAACCUUCAUCUCAGACACUGUCCAAUAUCAACUUUCAAACUCUUUAAUUCCAUACUUAUCUACUGCCUGCAAUAAUCGUCAUGUCAUUGAUCUACAAGAAGUUUUGCGUAGAUUCACUUUUGACAACAUUUGUAAUGUUGCCUUUGGUGUUGAUCCUGCAUGGCUGGACAUGAAGAGGGUUGGCGAAACCUCUUUGGUUUCCUCGUUUGUUCAGGCAUUUGAUUAUGCUGUGGAGGUUAGCUUUAACAGGUUCAUGCUGCCUUUGCCAGCCAUUUGGAAGAUCAAAAGGCUACUCAACAUUGGAAGUGAAAAACGAUAUAAGGAAGCUAUUGAAAUUAUAAACGAGUAUGCCAUGAAUAUCAUAAGAUUCAAGGAGGAAAAUUGUCGAAAUGAUGACAAGCAAGAGAAAAAUCAAGAUUUGUUAUCAAGGUUUAAUCAUUCUGCAUCAAACCUUGGAUUUCUUGAUCAAGAUCAGAAAAGGAGAUUCUUGAGAGAUAUAGUGAUCAGCUUCAUUCUUGCAGGUAAAGAUUCAACCUCAACAGCACUGACUUGGUUCUUUUGGUUAAUUGCUGGCCAUGCUCGGUGCGAGCGCUUGAUCUACGAGGAAUUAUCGGCCGCAUCUUCAGAGGCACGGCUGGCAAGUUUCAGUUAUGAUGAUCUGAAGAAAUUCAAUUACCUACAUGCAGCCUUAUCGGAAUCACUUCGACUGUUUCCACCUGUGCCCAUCAAUUCAAGAUUAACCAUAUCUGAUAAUAUCUUAAGCAGUGGCACAUAUGUAGGAAAAGGUUGGUUUGCUGAUUACUCCGCUUAUGCAAUGGGGAGAAUGAAGAGACUAUGGGGUCCCGAUUGCAUGGAGUUCAGGCCAGAGAGAUGGCUGGAUGAUGACGGGGUUUUCCAGCCGCGUGAUCAGUUUAAGUUUCCAGUGUUCCAUUGUGGGCCUCGAAUGUGCCUCGGGAAAGAUAUGGCCUAUGUGCAAAUGAAGUCUAUCGCUGCAGCUGUUAUGUAUGAGUUCGAGGUUGUGGCUAUUGAUGGUGGUGGGUGUCCGGAGAGGAUAGUGAAUCCGCCUUACGUGUUAUCGCUUAUUCUCAAGAUGAAAGGUGGAUUGCCAAUCAGGCUAAAGAGAAGGUGACUUCCUAAGCAUGCUUGGACGUGCUUAAACUAAAAUACAAGUGAUUAUAAGUUGUGGGCUCUACGAGAUGUCUGGACAAUAAGUGUGUAGUAAUAAUAAAUUCAACAAAAUGUAUAGAUAAAAAAUAUGUUUGACCACACGCGCUGUUGUAUUCUACCAGCUUCCAAUUAGUACCAACUUUUAAAAAUCGACUCUACCAAUAAUGCUGAAUAAAUAAAAUAUUUUCAUACGUUUAGGUAAAAAACGUUUGUUCAAAAUUCUAUAGAAGAUCAAAAACAAGAUACAAGUCAACGUUCAGUGGCAUGUGAUUUAUAAAGGUAUCCUAACAUGUAGAAGCAUAAUGUACAAUGGUAGUCAUGGUAAGGUCAUUUCUUCCGCGAUGACAAUGCUGCUGCAAUUCCACCAGCCAAUAGUCCAGCAGCAGUCACAGCAAUGCCAAUUCCAAUAAUUCCGUCUGCAUCAAUAAAAGAUGUUGAUUGUCUUUCACUUAAAACAAGUUAUAAGCAUUGUGCAUUGAAGAAAUAAUUCAAUUAAAUAAGUUCGUUCUAGCAUAGUCUCAGGAACAAACUUGAGUUCAACUCUUGCUGCCACCCAUUUAUGAAAAAUUGUGCACUUUAGGUCUUUGAUGAAGAAAAAA